UUUGAGAUGGCCCACCACAUUCUCUUCUUGGGUUUUUUAGCUCUCACUUGCUCUAUUGCCUCAGCCUCAUAUCCAAGCCCUUUGCAGGAUUUCUGUGUAGCCAAGCCCAAUAGUCCAGUGUUGGUUAAUGGAUUAGCCUGUAAGGACCCGAAGCUCGCUCAAGCCAACGAUUUCUUCUUCGCCGGGCUCCAUAAACCAGGCAACACAUCGAACUUCCUUCGAUCGGCAGUUACUCCUGUCUUCGCAGCCCAUUUACCUGGACUCAACACGCUCGGCAUCUCGAUGGUUCGCAUAGACUACGCACCAUGGGGCGUCAUUUCUCCCCACAUCCACCCGCGAGCCACUGAGAUCCUAACAGUCGUGGAAGGCACUCUCUACGCCGGCUUUGUCACAUCUAACCCUGACAACCGUCUGAUCACGAAGGUCCUCCAGAAGGGUGAUGUGUUCGUCUUCCCAGAGGGACUCAUUCACUUCCAACGUAACGUAGGGUAUGGGAGUGCUGUUGCGAUUGCGGCCCUCAGCAGCGAAAACCCAGGUGUAAUCACCAUCGCUAAUUCCAUCUUCGGAUCGAAGGGACCCAUUUCGACUGAGGUUCUUACCACGGCCUUCCAGCUGGACAAGGCUGCAGUGGAUUAUCUCCAGUCCAAGUUCUAA